GUCAAAUUAGUCAAAAAUAUUUUCAACCGUGUGCUUUUUGCGAAUGCGGAAAUACCUUUAAUAACAUUGCAAAAAAGGAUUAGUAAACAAACUUUACGAAAUUGUAAAAUGGGUCUCGCGGAGUGUGGUAUUCCUGAAGACAAAUUACCUCAGUGCUGGUCUGAUGAUACUCGAAUGAACGCUCUGUUUGCGCCUUUUCGUUUAAAAUCAGCGAACCCAGAGUCAUGGGAGAUGAAAAUGAAAUUUUGGUCUGAUAUGGUGAGACAAUGGUGUAGGUUUAAAGUGGACCCUAUAGUGUCAGGGGCAGAUGUGAAGUUCGCUUUCCAGCGCAGGGGCCGAACUGCUGCAUGCAUCGAAAUUGUUAUUGAAGAAAUGUUUCGAUCCGGCGAACUGUCACCGAUAUCAAAGUACCAGCAGAUUCUACACAAUGGUCCUGAGGGUUGGGUCCGGUGGGGCGCUCGCCUCGCUUUCAAACCAGCAGCAUUUGCGCUUACUGCGGUAACAUCAUUCCUACCGGCAAGAGAAGCAAUAGAUGCUAAUGGUCUCCCAAAAGCUAGCAUAGAUUCAACCCAACGAUUCAUCUUGGAGAGUGCUGUUAAGGAGCAAGCUAUGGAUCUUUUAAACAAUUUUCCCGUCGGCUUAGAACGUAUUGGAACGAUUGAAGAAUUGAUGAGGGCAUGCGGUCACUCUAACAGAGAAGUAUUUGAAAUCCUUCUCGGGUUUCUGGUGUCUCAGGGUAUGGCUGUGAAAAGUGGGGAUGUUGUGAAACUAGCGGAGGCUAAUAAAAAGGUAUCUCCCGUGACGGAGAUGGAUGCGGCCGUGGUGAAGCUGAUGUCAGCUGAGACGCGACUGCAGGCCGACGCGACGCGACUGUCGCGCGACGUUUCUGCCGCGGAGAGCGAGGCUCGGGCAGCUGUGAAGCUCGGCAACAAAUUAGCUGCAAGGAAUCAUCUCCGUAGGAAAUUAAAAGCCCAACAGCGUCUAGAAAGAUGUGAAUCGGCAUUGGACAACAUCAAAGAACUCCUACAACAAGCGAGGAAUACAGAUAUUAAUACCACUGUUGUUGACACAUAUCGAACGAGUGCCCAGGCUAUGAAAAAGACAAUGAAAGACGAAGGAAUGGACGAGGAUGCUGUCCACGACACGAUGGAUGAUCUAAAAGAGGUUAUGGAGAGUUACAAUGAGGUGGAGAAAGCUCUAAGUGGUAACAUAGACGACCUAGACACAGCCGAACUGGAACAAGAGCUGAAUGAUCUGUUAUCUGGAUCCGGUAACACUGGGGGUACUCCAGGGAAGGAGGACAGGGAUAAAGAUGGGAGGAAUAUUUCAACGAAGCUGCCAUCCCCACCUGCGGAUAAACUACCGAGAGGUACCAAGAAGCCAUUAGAGCGGGAGUUCGUCUUCGAUGGCGAGGAACAGAUGCUGGCCGAGCUGAACAGUCUGGGUCUCGAGGACGCCAGCCCUGGAAAGGUGGCGGUGGCUGUGGCUGAAGCCGACCCGGUCCCGAAUUCUCCGAAACGGGAGACCAAGAAGGAAAAGCCGUCUCAGGAGUGGUAUCCGCCGUCGAAAGAGUGUCUCACGUCCGACGUGUGGCCGAACAACAACAAGGAGAGCGACUCGGACACCAGCUUAGACAUCAACUUGGCGAACUUGGCCAAGGAGUAUGUGGAGUUGCGCCAAGACGACAGGAUACAUCCAGGUCAACCCCUCAACGUGGACUUCACGACACCCCCGCGGCACUACGGCGCUCAGUUCCAGGUGCAGGACCACACCGAGGGGGCUGGUGUGUGGCUCUACAGCAGUAGGGACGAGUUGGCCGCCAGCACUGCAUACAGCAGUUCGGAGAGUCCUGGUAAAACCGGUGGUAACUUCCAAAUGGCUCCCGGUGGUGAGAGAAAGAAGCCAGACCCCUGGCCCAAGGACGACAGCGUCGAGGAUUUGGAGAGGCGACUCAAAAAUUUAAGAGGUUUUAAUUUAUAGAUGUCAGUCAUAACGUUAUCGGCUU